AUGGUGGCUCAAGAUGUAUAUAGGGCGGUUUUGAGCUUUUUCUGUGGUGCAGAGCUCUCACGUUUUAUUAUGGCGACGUCCAUUGUGCUUCUUCCUAAGGUCAUGAACCCGAAGGAUUUUACUCAAUUCCAUCCUAUCAGUGUCUACAAUUUUUUGAAUAAAGUUAUAUCUCGCAUUUUGGUGGGGCAGCUGUCAAGAGUUGAUGUCGGAUAUGGGGAGGAAGUGCAGGAGGGGGACUCUGGCUCUCAAUUAGACAUGGCUAAGGCGUAUGAUAGGGUCUCAUGGCGGUUCCUUAGCGCAGUCCUGCGCCGGUUUGGAUUUGGUAAAAGAUUCAUUGACAUGGUGUGGAGACUGAUUUCCAAUGUUUGGUUUUCUGUGCUUGUAAAUGGUGCGCCCUUUGGCUUCUUCAAAUCAUCCAGAGGGUUGUGUCAAGGGGACCCAUUAUCGCCGGCACUGUUUAUUAUUGGAUCGGAGAAGAAUGGAUACUUAGUACAUCCUCGGACCACAUUGGCUCGUAAGGGUGUAAUUGAGAGGGUUACUAAGUUUCAAAAACAAGACUUUCCGGUUCGGUAUUUGGGUGCGCCGUUGUUUAUUGGUAGAGCCAAGGAGGCUUAUUUCUCGGACUUGUGCCAGAAGGUUCUUGAUAAGCAAGUUGGAGAAGUCUCCUCGAUAUUAGGGGGUUGGCGGAGUUGUGUAUUAGGUGGCAUCUGUAUGAUGGUCAUUGCAACUUCUGGUAUGAUAAUUGGACUGGGCACGGGGCCCUCUAUCUUAGAGUGGAGGUACGGGGGAUGUCUCGUUUCCCAACGUUCUGACGAAUGGGGAAUGGGUCACAUGGAGGCUAGCAGAAAUUCUGCCUUUUGA